AUGGAAACCUCGAUUGCUUCUUCUCCCUCCAUUGAUAAACAAGAAAAAGUUGACCCAUCAAUACAUCACAAUUUGGAGUCGGAAGAUCACACAAUAGAUGUUGAGAAACAUGUCACAGAUGUUGUAGUGACGGAGCAAAAAUCGCAGCAAGAGGGUGACACUUCAACACUUGGUAGUUAUGUAGGACCAUCGACUAUACCUACUUUGACUUGUCCUCCAUACGAUUAUACGGAGCAUUUUACAACGGAGACGGUUUUUCCAUCCGAUGAAGCGUUGGGUUCUGAGAAAUAUAUUAAGAAUCGCACACCUAUGAUGAUGUUUUCAUGUGAAAGGAGUGGUAAGUAUAGGCCGUUUGUAAAGAAAGUUGAUGGGAAGGAGGUAGCUGUAAAGAAGAGAGUGCGGUCCACGGGCACCAAAAAAUGUGAAUGCCCAUUUGAAUUGAAAGCUAUAAAGGGCAAUGAUGGUUGGACUGUCUCUGUCCAUAAUGGCACCCACAACCAUCCUCCAGCGGUGUACUUGGUGGGUCAUUCGUAUGCCGGGAGGUUGUCGGCAGAGCAGACUGGCACGGUGGUUGAUUUGUCAGUUGCUUUGGUGAAACCUAGAGAAAUCCUAACCCAUUUGAAGGUUCAAGAUCCUGAGAACGUAACGUCUAUCAAAACCGUGUACAAUGUACGACAAAAGUAUCGAGUGAUAGAGAAAGCUGGAAAAUCUCAAAUGCAACAUUUGUUGGAUCGGCUAGAAAAGUACCACUAUGUUCAUUGGACCCGUGGGAACAAGACUCAGAAUGUCACGGAGUUGUUUUGGUCUCCCCCAUCUGUCGAGGAGAUGUUAUGUGUUUUUCCCCACGUGUUAAUGAUGGAUUGCACAUACAAGACGAAUAAGUACAAGUUUCCUUUGCUUCAAAUUGUUGGUGUAACAUCAACGGAGAUGACUUUUUGUGCAGCGUUUGCUUUCAUGGAGUGUGAAAAAACGGAAAACUACACUUGA